AUGGUUGAAUGUUAUAAUGCUGGAAGAAAUGAAACUAUCAUGUGUCCUGUAAAUACUGCCGUUUAUUUUGUCGUAGGAGUUAUUGUACCGUUUAUUAUUUUAAUUAUUGUUAUUGUUAUAUCUGCUUAUUUUCGAUAUAGAAAUAAAUGGUUCAUAAGAGAACAACAACAAACCAAUAUGACAACAGUUACUUCGAUUAACAAUACCGAUGAGCAUCAACAAGAAUCAUAUAAUUAUUCACAUCCACCUCGUUAUUCAGCAAGAAUUGAUAGUAUUUAUGGUAAACCACCAUCUUAUGAACAAACUGUACAGCAGUUACAAGAGAUUAAUGAUGCAUUCGAUGAUACAACACCAACUAUGUCAACGACAAUAUUAUCAUCAUCAACAACACAAUUAGUUCAACCAUCAUGA